UUUCUAGGUCUUUUCAGUUCACAGAUAAGAUUAAGAGGCCAAGGGUAAAUAGAGGCAUGAACCUCCAAUCAGGUUUCUCCCUAGCUGGUUAGAAAGUGCUAUAUAAGCAUUUUCCAGUUUUUGGAUCUGAAUAUCAUUCAAGUAGAAGAAAAGAUUUUGCAUGUGUGUCUGGUUAUUGGGACAGAGUUAAAAAGCUUCUUCAAAUAUAAGAGAAAAUUAGUCAAGAAUGGAGCCCUCAGAAAAAUAUCUGUUCAAAUAUAAAGGGAUUUAUUUCCACCCUGAGUACGUUACACCUGAAUUAAUCGAUUCACUGGAGGAGUUUGAAAUCCGAGACAGUGAUGUAUUCCUAGUUACGUAUCCCAAAUCAGGAACUGUGUGGACACAGAAUAUUCUGAGCUUAAUUUUUCAUAAAGGCCAUUGGGAUGGAACAGAAAACAUUCAAGUAAUAGAUCGAGUGCCAUGGCUGGAGUACAAUUUGAACAAACUGGAUUAUGCCAACCGUCCUUCACCUUGUCUCUUUGUCACUCACCUGCCUUACUAUUUAGUUCCAAGAGGUGUGAAGAACAGAAAAAUAAAAGUUAUUUAUGUUGCCAGGAACCCAAAAGAUGUGCUGGUGUUUUUUCAUUUUUUGAAGACUGUCAUCAUCCCUGACAAAAUCCCAGAUUUCAAUAUUUUCAUGGAGAGGUUUUUAGCUGGGAAAGUGCCUAGUAGCUCAUGGCUGGAUCAUGUCAGAGGCUGGUGCGACCACAGGGAUGAGUUCAAUAUCCUCUUCCUGACUUAUGAAGAGAUGAAAAAGGUAAGGUCAGUGACUAUCACUGUAGCUAAGAAUACCAGUAAACAAUAGGCCACGCUCUGUCUCUCUCUGCACUA